AUGACCUACGUCUUCUACCACUUCUCCCCCAGCAAACCAGCCUGCAUCAUCUCCAUUCUCUGCUACGGCAUCAGCACAAUUUACCACGUCUACCAACUCGUCCAAUUAAAAUGCUACUUCUUCACAACCUUCGUCAUCGGCGCCACAAUGAUGACAAUCGGAUACAUAGCACGAAUCAUCUCCGCAAACGACACCACCUCUAUGUCCCCCUACAUCGCGCAGAGCAUCUGCAUCCUCCUCCCACCGUCCCUCUACGCAGCAACAAUCUACAUGAUCUACGGCCGCAUCGUCAUCUUCACGCGCGAACCGCGACUCUCCCCCAUCUCGCCGUACAAAGUCACCAAGAUCUUCGUCAUCGGGGAUGCUAUUGCCUUCCUGACGCAGUCGUCUGGCGGCGGGAUGAUGGCGAUCAAGGACAUGGCGGAUAUGGGACAGAAGAUUACCAUCGUGGGAUUGUUUGUUCAGUUGGGGUUCUUCGGGCUCUUUCUCACGGUGACGUUGGUGUUCGUCAAGAGGUUGAAAAAUAGAGGCAAAGAUAGGGUCUUGGUUUCGAAAGUAGACAGACUGUUGUUUGUGUUGUUGGGGGUCGCUGCGUUGAUUAUUGCGCGGUGUGUGUAUAGGAUCGUGGAGUUCGUUGAGGGUAAUGAUGGGUAUUUGAUGGGACAUGAGGUGUUUAUGUAUGUGUUUGAUACAUUGCCGAUGUUUGUCGUGCAGUCUGUGUUUCAUCUUUUUCAUCCUGGGAGGGUUUUGGUAGAAAAGACGGAGUAUAUUGAUAUCGGGGUGUAG